AUGCAGAAGAGCCUGGGAGACAACGACGUCCUCCCUCCAGAUGUGCAGCAUCAGCAGUUCAGGCAGUUUCAAUAUCAGGAGGCCGAGGGGCCCCGAGAGGUGCAGGAGAGGAUGGCGCAGGAGCAUUACCAUGGAGCAACCUUUCCAGGUGAUGCCAUCAAACCUAUGAUGGAGAAUCAUGAUGGAGGAAAAGCGGCUUCUGUGCAGCCAGAUCGGGGUCUGGUGACCUUUCAGGAGGUAUCCGUUCAUUUCUCUGAGGAGGAGUGGGGCCUGCUGGAUCCGAACCAAAGAAGGCUUCACAAGGAAGUCAUGGCGGAGAAUUAUCAGAAUGUGGCCUCCCUGGCUAGAGAACGGAGGGAUUCCUCAGGAGGCGACCGCCUGAGCAUGUCCAGGAAAGCUUUCUCAAGUGUGAAAGAGGAGUUAAAACAGGAACAAAAUGCUGGCCCGUUUGUACCUAAGAUUGGCGGUCAUCAGCGUAUCCACACUGGGGAGAAACCUUAUAAAUGCUUGCAGUGUGGAAAGAGCUUUGCUGAGCGUUCAAACCUUACUACCCAUCAACGAAUCCACACUGGGGAGAAACCUUAUAAAUGCUUGCAGUGUGGAAAAGACUUUGCUCAAAAUUCACAGCUCACUAUCCACCAGGGUAUCCACACUGGGGAGAAACCUUAUAAAUGCUUGCAGUGUGGAAAGAACUUUGCUCUCCGUUCAAACCUUACUACCCAUCAACGUAUCCACACUGGGGAGAAACCUUAUAAAUGCUUGCAGUGUGGAAAAGGCUUUGCUUCGAGUUCAAGUCUUACUGUCCAUCAGCGUAUCCACACUGGGGAGAAACCUUAUAAAUGCUUGCAGUGUGGAAAGGACUUCGCUCAAAAUUCACAGCUCACUGUCCACCAGGGUAUCCACACUGGGGAGAAACCUUAUAAAUGCUUGCAGUGUGGAAAGAGCUUUGCUCAGAGUUCAUAUCUUACUGUCCAUCAGCGUUUCCACACUGGGGAGAAACCUUAUAAAUGCUUGCAAUGUGGAAAGGGCUUUGCUUCGAGCUCAAGUCUUACUGUCCAUCAGCGUAUCCACACUGGGGAGAAACCUUAUAAAUGCUUGCAGUGUGGAAAGGGUUUUGCUUCGAAUUCAGAGCUUAUUGUCCAUCAACGUAUCCACACUGGGGAGAAACCUUAUAAAUGCUUGCAGUGUGGAAAGAGCUUUGCUCGACGUUCACAGCUUACUAUCCAUCAGCAUAUCCACACUGGGGAGAAACCUUAUAAAUGCUUGCAGUGUGGAAAGAGCUUGUCUUCUAAUUCAAAGCUUACUAUUCAUCAGCGGAUCCACACUGGGGAGAACACUUACAAAUGCUUGCAGUGUGGAAAGAGCUUUGCUGAGCGUUCUAACCUUACUACCCAUCAACGUAUCCACACUGGGGAGAAACCUUAUAAAUGCUUGCAGUGUGGAAAAGACUUUGCUCAAAAUUCACAGCUCACUAUUCACCAGGGUAUCCACACUGGGGAGAAACCUUACAAAUGCUUGCAGUGUGGAAAGAGCUUUGCUGUCCGUUCAAACCUUACUACCCAUCAACGUAUCCACACUGGGGAGAAACCUUAUAAAUGCUUGCAGUGUGGAAAGGGCUUUUCUUCGAGUUCAAGUCUUACUGUCCAUCAGCGUAUCCACACUGGGGAGAAACCUUAUAAAUGCUUGCAGUGUGGAAAGGGCUUUGCUUCGAGUUCAAAGCUUAUUGUCCACCAACGUAUCCACAGUGGGGAGAAACCUUAUAAAUGCUUGCAGUGUGGAAAGAGCUUUGCUCAGAGUUCAUGUCUUACUGUUCAUCAACGUAUCCACACUGAGGAGAAACCUUAUAAAUGCUUGCAGUGUGGAAAGAGCUUUGCUCGGCGUUCAAACCUUACUAUCCAUCAGCGUAUCCACACUGGGGAGAAACCUUAUAAAUGCUUGCAGUGUGGAAAGAGCUUUGCUUCGGGUUCAGAGCUUACUAUCCAUCAACGUAUCCACACUGGGGAGAAACCUUAUACAUGCUUGCAGUGUGGAAGGAGCUUUGCUCAGAGUUCCCACCUUACUAGCCAUCGACUAAUUCACACUUGA